UAGAAAUGCUUCUAUUGUAGCAUCGUCCCAUCCAUCCUCUGGCCAUUUUCGCUAUGUAUUUACAAACAAAUAUUAAAGAAGAUGAGCAAUGUGAAAGUAGAUGGAAAAAUUUUGCCAGAAAUUGAUGACAAAGAAAGGGACAAUGCAACACAAUUGUUCAAGCACUAAACUUGACGAAACAGUGUCACGAUUAUUCACGGGAACAUGAUGAUAUCGACGGACGCAUGGAGGAUCGCAAAAUUGGCCAGUUUUAAAAUGUUACCUCGAAUUUUGACGACGUUUGAGCAGGAGACAUACGUGUACCAUCGCAGAGCGCUACGUACGACCUCUCCUUUUCCAACUUUGACAGCUUCGGACCUUAUAAAGUCUCCCACAAUUCGACAGUUAAUCAUGGAUAUGGAUAAUUGUAACCCCCAAAUGAAUCAUCAGGGUUCUAUUCCGACGACACCUCUCGAUGGAGAUGGAAGUGGUCACAAAAAAUGGUAUCGACAAGUUGGUCAAAGAAUAUUUGUGAACAGAAGUCUUCAUUUGGAAAAUAUUAAAUUUUAUGGAUUCGAUAUGGACUAUACAUUGGCGGAGUACAAAUCUCCGCAGUAUGAACAACUAGGAUUUGACCUUGUGAAAGAUCGAUUGGUAUCUCUUGGUUAUCCUCGUGAAAUCAAAGAGUUUGAGUAUGAUCCUAGUUUUCCAGUAAGAGGAUUAUGGUUCGAUACGCUUUAUGGCAAUCUUCUUAAAGUUGACGCUUACGGGAAUAUUUUAGUCUGCGUUCAUGGAUUUGAAUUUUUAAAGCAUUCCCAGGUUUAUGAAUUAUAUCCGAACAAAUUUCUACAACUGGACGAAUCGAGAGUUUUUGUUCUCAAUACUCUGUUUAAUUUGCCAGAAACAUAUUUGCUGGCAUGUUUAAUAGAUUUUUUUACAAAUUCACCACAAUUCACACGUGAGAAAACGGGAGUUAAAGAGGGUGAUUUGACAAUGAGUUUUAAGAGUAUUUUUCAGGAUGUGAGAAAUGCAGUUGAUUGGAUACAUUAUCAAGGCGAUUUGAAAAGUAAAACAAUUAAAAAUUUAGAUGAAUACGUUAAGAAAGAUAUAAGGCUGCCUAUGUUCUUGGCUCGAAUUAGAGAAAGUGGAGCCAAAGUUUUCCUCCUCACGAAUAGUGAUUAUGUUUUUACUGAUAAAAUAAUGACGUACUUGUUUGACUUUCCACAUGGCGCGAGGUCGGACGAACCUCAUAGAAAUUGGAAAACAUACUUUGACACAAUUGUCGUUGACGCAAGAAAACCAUUGUUUUUUGGAGAAGGGACGAUUUUGCGACAGGUUAAUACAAAAACCGGCGCUUUGAAAUUGGGCACUCAUAAAGGCCCUCUACACACGGGUGAGGUUUAUUCAGGGGGUUCAUGUGACGUUUUCACAGAAAUGAUUGGAGCUAAAGGUAAAGAUGUCUUGUACGUAGGUGAUCAUAUAUUUGGUGACAUUUUAAAAAGUAAAAAAAUUAGGGGUUGGAGAACAUUUUUGAUAGUUCCUGAAUUGGUCCAAGAACUUCACGUUUGGACUGACAAAUGUCAACUAUUCGCUGAACUACAAAGUUUGGACGUUAUGUUGGGAGAAAUGUACAAAAAUUUAGACAGUAGCACCAAAGAAAAACCUGAUAUUUCAAAAUUAAGAGCAUCAAUAAGAGACGUGACACAUAAAAUGGAUUUAGCUUAUGGAAUGAUGGGAUCGCUUUUUCGAAGUGGCAGCAGGCAAACGUUUUUCAGUAGUCAAGUUGUCAGAUAUGCAGAUCUUUACGCUGCCACAUUUUUAAAUUUAAUUUACUAUCCUUUCUCGUAUAUGUUUAGAGCGCCUGCUAUGCUUAUGCCCCACGAAAGUACAGUUGCUCAUGAACAACGAUUUGUUAUGGAGACACCAAUGAUUAGUCGAACACGACCUUUUAAACUUCCUGAUGAGGAGGAAGAGCACAGCCGAAUAAUAACUAAAACUUUAGAAGUAGAGACGAACAAUAUUCAAAUUCCACACGCUAGACCAGAAACUCCAAGGAAUGUUACACACACACAUGAUGAAGAUUGCAGUGACGAGGAUAGUGAUUCUCAAAAACAGGGAGUGCAAGAAAAAACUCAAAAGGAAAAAGAACCUUAAAUUGAAUAAUUCCAACUAAUUCUCGAUCAAAGAAUUUUGCAAAUUUGCAAAAUUAUUUUUCAAAACUCAAGGAUUUUUACAUCGAAAAAUUCAUUAACAGGUGUGUUAAGUAUUAAAAGCAAUGACAGUAGUUCGUUCACUUGUUAAUGUUUUUAUAAAAUUUCAAAUAUACUGUUAAGGUUAAUCAAAAUUUAUUUUAUACUUAUCCAUAUAUAGAAUCUUUUUAUUAUCAUUAUUAAUAUAAAUGAUUGUCAAUGUAUUUGUUCAAAUUCAUAUUUUUUAAAAAAUCUUCUCAAAUGAAAAGAUAAUUUCUAUAGCAUUUUGUUUUCGUUCCAAGUGAAAUUUCAAGGAAUUAAUCUAUAAUUUUAAGUAAAGUUUAAAAGAUAUAAAUGUAUACAUUUAUUGAAAAAAAAACAUUUUAUCGACAAUAAUAUAAACAAUAUUAAGAAAAUUAUUUGCAAAUAUUUUAUUAAUUUUAUAACUUUCUUUGGCAUGUUUAUUCUAUUGUUGUUAAAUAAAGCGCUAUGUAGGAAAAUUUAAAAUUUCAAAAUAUGUUUUCUGUCAAAAAUGUUUGGCACUUAUUUAAUUUAAAAUGUGUCAAUGCCUUUAAUCGAUAGUGAUUAUUAUAAAAUGAAAGUUCAAUUUUUAUUAUUCUCUGACGAAUGUUCAAUGAAUUUUGUAUUUGCACAGUAGAGGAAGAAAAUGUUUUUUAAUACAUAUAUUAGGUGAUAAAUUGUCUACUAUUACAUAAUAAUUAAAAUAAUUUAUUAAUUGUUGUGUAAUAAUAAAUUAGCCGUUAUUAUGUAAGUGAGAAAUUUGUCAUUAUCAUUACUUAAUGAUAGUUAAGAACUCAUUGUAAAUCAAAGAUACUGCGAGACUCAUUUUAUAUAGAAAAAAAGAAAAAUUAUAAUUUUAGAAAUUUUUAUAAAUAAAUUCUCUAAGAGAUUUUGUAACUUUUUUGAAACUAAAAUGGAAGGUUUAUAAAAAAUUUUCUUGCUUAUAAGUUUUCAAAUAUAAUUAAUCUGAAAUUUUAUAUAUGCAAUUAUGUAUGUCAAGAACUAUUAUAAAAAAAUUUGCGAUCUUGAAAAACUUGAGUAUCUUUAUUCUAUAGAGGGCGCUUUGCCUAUUAUUAAAAAUUAUUUCCAUAUAUGGUUACCACUAUAACUAUAACUCUAACUACUGUAAAAAAGUCAAAAGUGCAAAAACUGUUAAGCUUAAUAUUAUUAGUCUACCGUCAAACAGGGCUAUUUUGGGCACCAAAUAGCUAUUUUUUAACUCAACGAUUUAUUAAAAUUCAAAUUAUUAUAAAAGAAAAAAAGAAAAUCAAGCAUUUGAUAUACACUGGAACUCCCAAAAGAGUCUUAUGUGAUUCUCUUGGAGAGUGACCUUGAUGCUGCAAAAAUGUAAAAGAUGAAGAGUAUAUUAACCAGAAUUUAUAUACCUAAUUAUCGUUUCAAAUAACUUUUGAACAAUGUGAUUUAAUUAAUUUAGAAACAGAAAUUUUCAAAUAAAUAAUUAUUUGCAGUUGGGAAAUACGUGUUUCCAUUAUAACAGAACUUUAAUAAACAAUACAUACCUAUAUAUUAGUUUUCUAAUGAAAAAUUAAUAAUUUUUUUUUAUAAAAAAUGUAUUGUACAACAUUAUAUUCUAUUUUAGUUACAAAAAAUAUGUCAAAAAAUAUGUACAAAAAAUAUGUCGUGCCCAAUAAAUAUAGCCCUCUGGAUGUGGCUAUUUUAUGCAUUGAA